UUCUGGGAUUGUUUGUUCUUAUGUUCUGUUCUCUUUAGUCCCGACUCGUUUUAGAUCAAGAAACGGAUAUUUAUCAGAAUUGCAGAUUUAUUAUACAGUAUUCUGCGAUAAAUAAAACCAUUUUUACAUAAAGAUCAAAAUGGGGGUUUCAACGUCUGAAUCUGACUGUGAUGACGAAAACAACGUUAUCCUUCGCUUCGACCAAAUUAAAUUGCUUCAAAAUCUAACAAUGUUGUCUGAAGCGAAGACGGCCACAGAAUCUGUUGCACUUUUGCUUGAAAGCAUCUCUAUGGAGCAUGUUAAUAAAAAGAAUACUAAAACUAAGAAACGCCCUUCUAAUGAAACAAUAAAACAUGAAGAGAAAAUUAAGAUUCGUCUGAAUGAAACAACAGAAGAUGAAGGCAAAAGUAAGACUCGUCCGAAGGAAACGAUAAAGAAUGAAGAUAAAAAUAAAAAUCGUCCAAAUCAAUCAAUAAAAAAUGAUGGCAAUACUAAGAGUCAUCAGAAUGAAGCAAUCAAAACUGAAGACAAAACUAAGAAACGUCCAUGUAAUGAAAUAGUAACUAAUGAGGAUAGGCCAAAGAGAACUCGGAAAUCUCAUGAGAAUCAAAACGAAAACAAAUGGAAGUGCAAUAUUUGCUAUGAGACAUUUCAUAAUAAAUCCAAUUUAUAUAGACACCUCAAAAACGUUAAGUUACAUCCAAAGAGAUACUGCGCCGAAAAAAUUGGCUCAAUCACAAGAUUUCGCUGUGGGUUUUGCGGGCAAACAUAUAGCAACAGAGGGAACGUGAAUAGACACCUUAAUUCGCAUCAUUCUAGAAAUAUAACGUUUGAAAGUGAAAGCGAUUCUGAUGAUGACCAAGUAAGCUCAGAUACUUCUGUCAAAGACAGUGAUGAUAAGGAAGAAGAGACAGAAGAAAAGCUGUUAAAUGUUGAUAUAAAAAUGUGCGUAUUUGUGUGUGAGCAAUGCGAAGUAGCUACACCCGAAAUCGACCGUGCAGUGGAGCAUGCACAGUUUCACGAACUUCCCGGCUACAGGCCGAUUCCUCAGACUUGUCAAAUAUGUAAAUACACAUUCGAAGCUCAAGAUGUCACAGAACACUCUAAAAUUCACGAUCGCGCCAACGCGUUCAUACGAUACGAACCUUUCAAGUUGCUGAACAACGAAUGGUCUGAUAUAUUCCAAGGUUUAGAAGACACUCUUGUCAACACGAUAAAAUCGUCGACUAUAUACGAACAUACUAGGAAAGUUAAAAUGAACACGGAUGAUACUGAUGAUUCGUCGUCAAAACCUCACCUCUAUCAAUGUGGCACGUGUGAAAUGUUCGUUCGCCCGGUGGAAGUAAAAGAUCAUUGCGACAAGGAAAAAGAUUGUCUUGAAAAUCAGUCCGGGUUUCAUAUUUGCGAUGAUUGUGAGAGAUUUUUUGUAUCAGAUGAGGCAUUAUCAGAACAUGUUUUAGAAGAAAAAGAGAAUGUAACAUUUAAAACAGUCACUUUCAACUGUGAACAGGAUCUACCGAUCAAUAGAGCUUUGAGAAAACUUCAAAACAAUUUGCAGCAAGAAAAUGUUUCAAACACUGGCGAAGAAGCAGCAAGAAAAACUCGGCAGAGUACACAAAAUGAAAAAGAAAUAGUUAUUUUAGAUAAUCGCCCAAUAACACAGUUUUGUCAAGAAUGUAAUAAGUUCCUCUCAGUUUCGGAUAUCACAGCUCAUGAAGCUACACACAGACAUAAGAAUAAUAAAAAUGAAGCCGAAGAAAAUAUGUCAACAGAACAAGACUUUUCAGACAAUAUUAAUGAGAAAGGAAAUAUUCCUGGUAAUAACUCUAAUAAAGUAGAAAGCAUAGGACAUAUAAUGGAUCAUAUUAAUCAAAUAACAAGUAUACUGAAAGAUAAAGAAGACAUAAUCGAUAACAAUACUAUGCGCAUUGAAAAUGUCAGGUCAAUAUUAAAUACUGAUUCAGCAGAUCAGUGUAAAAUUGGACUUGAUGAUGGUUUUAGAACGAUCGGAAAUGCAUUGAGACACGACUUGGGCGAAAAUUUCAAAAAAUGUUUCAAUAAUGAUGCUGACAUUGCAAGUAAAGAUUCAACCGCAAACAAUAUGAAAAUACCUGAUAAUAAUAAAGGUCUGGGCGGUAGUUCGUCAGGUCAGAAUAACAUAGAAGAUGAUAUUGCUGAUGAUAAGAGUCAACUCCAACAUAUUAUUGAGGCUAUGCAUAUUAAACUAUCAAAUACUAAUGAAGUUAUAGAAAUAUCUGAUGAGGAACAUGAAGUUAAUUCAAAUUUAAUUGAGGUUAAAGUAAAAGAAGAAAUGGUGGAAAUCGAAGAUGAUAAAAGCCAAAUUCAACAUAUUAUUGCAGCGGUUGAAAAAGAACUAAACAAUGUUAGGGGGUCUGUAGACUUAACUGAUGAUCCUGAGAAAACAGCAGUGACAAACGUAAAUGAAAGUAAAGAUGAGAACGACAGAGAAAUAAGUCAGAGAAAUCUGGAGCGUAUAAUCGAAGUGAAGUUAAAAAAUAAGGAGUUAAUGUCUAACCCCGAAUAGAACUACCGGUAAAACAUUUUUUUGCUACAUUUUUAGAAAUCUUUUUCUUAGUUUAAGUACUAAACAUAGUGCAUAUUUUUAAAGUAAAAGAAAAAAUGGAAAAAUUCACACCUCCGGCACAGUGUAAUAAAGAUUACUAUCGUACAGUAUGGCCACUCCUGCUCCCCGCAGAAAGUGCC